ACGUACUGCCAUCCUCAUCCUUCUGUUGGGCACCUCUGUCCUCCUCUAUAUUUAUUUACAACAGUCAAGAGCAGCAAUUGGCCAACCUGCCCCUAUCCAGUUCUGCAGCCCAUAUGCCCCAAGAACUCCUUUUUGCACAGGAUCUUACCUAGCCGUAUGGCCUGCUGCCUCUGCCAAUUUAAAAAUAUUAUUGAGGUUGUCUGUAAGACAGUCAAGCUGUGUUGUGACAGUGAAUGCCUGACAGACGUCACAUGUUGCGGGUCAUUAUCAUUCCUUAUGUAAAGGAAGGUAACCCAGAAGCUUGCUCUUCAGAAAGCUAUGACAGAUGCAUCCAGAAACUGCUGAUUGUGGUUCUAGAAAGUGGUAAAACAGGUGUGGCAUAUAGACCCUGUGAAGAGGUCACAGAUGGUAGAACCGAAGAGGAACUACAGGAUUUAUUUCAAGUCAGCUACUUUUCUUCUUAGCCGUGUGGCCAAAGGGAGGAAGAAUGUCUCUCAGACUUCAGCUUUGAGGAGGAAGAGUUCAGAUUGCCAGAACUGGACUAGCACUUUUGAAUUUCCCAGAAUGCCAAGUCCUGUGGUUCCCUCGGGAAGCUCUGCAUCUGUCCCAACCCCCCUUCACCACUGGGCUGCUGGAGACACCCAUUAGAAUGGCUCAAAUGUGAACAAUGACAAGAAC